AUGCCAAAUAUUAACCAAAACCAAGAAACUAAAUAUCGCAAACCCACUACUAUUGACCGCGAACAACUAGAAUAUACCAUAAGCAAAACCUUAACUUAUAGCGUGCUUAUUUUUGCCGCCGUCGGCACUUGUGCUUCGGAAUUGCUAUUGGCUGCUAUCUUUAUAAUAGCGGCUUGUUACAAACUAUCAAGAAUAAGCUAUUUAGCCCCAAAGAAACUGAAUAAAACUUAUGAACACCCUGGCCCAAAGAGAUUUAGUAGAGCAAUUAGUGAGCAACUUCCUAAUACUUACAUCCUGAAAAUCGCCGAACAGAAGUUUAUCGGCUUUGUUCGCAGUGAUAAGAAGGGUGAAAGUUACUGGAAGUUUAGAAGUUUUUAUGAUGACUCAGAGCCUAGCACUCCGGCUUCUUCCCCUGCGGAAAUCGAAGUUAAUCAGCCCUUAAAGCCACUCAGUGACUAUUCCAAAGAAGAACUGGACCGGCGUGCUAAGUUUUUAGAACGCCAAGAGCGCGCCGAAAGAUUAGCGGCCGAAAAAGAAAAUCAUGCCUCUCAUCCAACAACCACUUAA